AUGCCGACCCCCGGCCUUCUCUACGUGACGAUGCAGCCCAAGGGCUCGCUGCCCGAGGCCCAGUUCCAUGACUGGUACAACACCGAGCAUGGCCCUCUGCGUCUGCGUCUGCCCUUCGUCACGAAUGGCUUCCGUUUCCGCGCGACCGACGGCGAGGAGCCCGAGUAUGUCGCCCUCUACGAUAUCACCGACAUGGACGAGUUGACCCGCAAGACCUACCUGGAUCUGCGUACCGACCUGAUCAAGACGGAGCGCGAGAAGAAGACCAUGGCCCAGAUCGACGUCGGUCGCUUGUUGUAUGAUCUGGUCGAUGAGCGCAGCUCGCCCAACUUCCGCCCGCUAGAGGACCAAGCCGACACCGAUGCCGAGACCCACGGAAGCGUUCUCGUCGCCGUCACCACUGCCACCCACCCCGACCCCGAGAAGCAGGCCGAGCAUGACCGCUGGUAUCGCGAGGAACACUUUGAGAUGCUCUCCCGCGUGCCGGGCUGGCGCCGUAGCCGUCUGUUCGUGACUUCCUCGAUUGACCCCAAGGCUCCCCGCGAGUCCCUCGCUCUGCACGAGUACUCCCCCGUCAACGGACUGGGUGGCGAUGUCCACAAGGCCGCCAUGAACACCCCUUGGCGCCAGAAGCUGCAGGAGACCGUGGUCACCUCCAAGAAGCGCCGCGUUUAUCAGUGGUACUACACUUUCGGGCCCGCCCCGCGUGAGCUGUCGUCUCUGACCUCUCCGGACUGCGUUGGACCCUGGUCCUCCAACGAUGGCAAGACCCGUACUUUGCCUUCAGCAACUCGCCCAGCUGUCGAGUCUUUCAUCACUACCAAGGAUGGUGUCGAGAUCCCUUACCGUUUGGAAGGUAGCACCGACCCCAACGCUCCCGUCGUUGUGCUCAGCAACUCCAUCCUCGUCAACUGGAACAUCUGGGACCGCUUCGUGGAUGCCUUCUUGGCCCGCAAGGAGAACCAGCGCUACCGUGUUGUGCGCUACUUGACCCGUGGCCGCCGUUCGGCCUCUGGUGAGCAGCCCGUCACCGUGGAUCUGUUGGCCUCCGACGUGGCCGAUCUCCUCGAGGCUCUCCGCGUGUCUCCCAAGGCAGCCCGUUUGAUCGGUGUCAGCCUGGGCGGUGUCACCGUCCUCAACACCUCCCUCCUGUACCCCGAGCGCAUUGGCGCGUUCAUCUCCUGCGACACCAACUCCUCCGCUCCCGAGUCCAACCGCAAGGCCUGGGGCGACCGUGUUGCCAUGUCCGAGCAAGAAGGCUCGACCGACCCGGAGACCAACGAGCCUAUCGUCGGUGAGCAGCUGGCCGAGAUUACGACCCGACGCUGGUUCGUCCCGGAGUCGUACGAGACCCAGCCCGAGGUGCUCGCCCCCGUCAAGGAGGCCGUGCGCACCAACAGCUUGAAGGGUUUCGCGCACAGCGUGAAUGCCCUUUGCGCCUAUGAUAUCCGUGAGCGCAUGGCCUCGGCUACCGUGCCCGGUCUGUUCGUGGCUGGUGCCAACGACGGUGUGCUGCCCCAGACCAUGAAGAAGAUGGCCGAGGACUUGAAGGGCGAUGCUGAGCUGAAGAUCAUUGACAAGGCGGGUCACUUGCCUAUGGUUGAGCAGCCCGAGGCCUUUGCGGAUGUGGUGACUGAGUUCCUGAGCAAGAUUGAUGGUUGA